AUGGGUCGAACACCCAGUCCACCGAAUAAAAAACAUAAGCAUAAAAAAUCAUCACGUGAUCGAGAUCAAUCGAAAGAUCGUAAUAUUAGUAAUUCCUCACAACGGCAUAAAUCACGUACACCUGAUCGAGAUAAAGAAAAAAAAUCUAAACGUUCUCGUCAUCGAUCAGCGAGUCAUUCAUCGAAUGAUACCCGUGACAAGUCAACCUUAACGAUUAGUCGAACAGCAAGCAUCAAUGAAUUAACUGAUUUAACAGCUCGAAAAAAAGCCGAAGUCGAGCGUCUAGCAGAAUUAGAACGAGAACGAAUGCAACUAAUACGUCAAAAAGAAACUCGUGAAAAUUUAAUUCAAUCCGAAGUUGAACGACGUGUAAAAGAUAUUGUUGAAACACGUGUACGUGAAGAACUUGAGCGUCGUAAAGAUGAAAUUGAAAAUGAAGUUAAACGACGUGUUGAUGUACUUAAGCGAUCAAUGGAAAAACAGAUGUUAAUUGAACUUGAAAAGCGAAAUAACGAUGAAAUGAAUAAAUUAAUUAUGAAAGAAGAAGAAGAAAGAAAAAAACGUGAAGAUUUAGAACGAAUGCUUAUUGAAAAUGAACGCAAGUUAGCUGAAGCUGAAAAGCGAAUAGCUGAAGAAGAAGAAAAGUUACGCACUGCACAAUUACGUCUCAUGGAGGAUCGAGAACGAUUUGAACGACAAUUAGGAAAGCAGCAUGCAAAAGAACAAAAUCUUAUUUUAGGAAAGAAUAAGACGAGAGAGAAAAUUUCAUUUACAUUGAAUAGUACUCGUUAA